AUGACCGUGGUCGACACCGUUUCCACUGAUGCCGGUGCCCCAGCUGCCGCCGCGGCACUGGUGCAGCAGCCCGCGGGGAACGGGCAGACCGUGUGCGUCACCGGCGCGGCCGGGUACAUCGCCUCGUGGCUCGUCAAGCUGCUUCUCGAGAAGGGAUACACUGUCAAGGGCACCGUCAGGAACCCAGGCAUGCCUUUUGUUAUAUAUGCAUAUAUAUGUAGUAGAGCUGAGGAGUGGUCUAUGGCGAUUAACGUUUGUGUUAAUGGCGAUAUGAUGCUGGCAGAUGACCCGAAGAACGCGCACCUCAAGGCGCUGGACGGCGCCGCGGAGCGGCUGAUCCUCUGCAAGGCCGACCUCCUGGACUACGACGCCAUCUGCCGCGCCGUGCAGGGCUGCCAGGGCGUCUUCCACACCGCCUCCCCCGUCACCGACGACCCGGAGCAAAUGGUGGAGCCGGCGGUGCGCGGCACGGAGUACGUGAUCAACGCGGCGGCGGAGGCCGGCACGGUGCGGCGGGUGGUGUUCACGUCCUCCAUCGGCGCGGUGACCAUGGACCCCAGCCGCGGGCCCGACGUCGUGGUCGACGAGUCGUGCUGGAGCGACCUCGAGUUCUGCAAGAAAACCAGGAACUGGUACUGCUACGGCAAGGCGGUGGCGGAGCAGGAGGCGUGGGACGCGGCCCGGCAGCGCGGCGUGGACCUGGUGGUGGUGAACCCGGUGCUGGUGGUGGGCCCGCUGCUGCAGCCGACGGUGAACGCCAGCAUCGCGCACGUGGUCAAGUACCUGGACGGCUCCGCGCGCACCUUCGCCAACGCCGUGCAGGCGUACGUGGACGUCCGCGACGUCGCCGACGCGCACCUCCGCGUCUUCGAGAGCCCGCGCGCGUCCGGCCGAUACCUCUGCGCCGAGCGCGUCCUCCACCGCGAGGACGUCGUCCGCAUCCUCGCCAAGCUCUUCCCGGAGUACCCCGUCCCCACCAGGUGCUCCGACGAGGUGAACCCGCGGAAGCAGCCGUACAAGUUAUCGAACCAGAAGCUCCGGGACCUGGGGCUGGAGUUCAGGCCGGUGAGCCAGUCGCUUUACGACACGGUGAAGAACCUUCAGGAGAAGGGCCACCUGCCGGCGCUCGGAGAGCAGACGACGGAGGCCGACGACAAGGAGGCGGUCCCCGCCGCCGCCGAGCUGCAGCAGGGAGGAAUCGCCAUCCAUAAGAGAGUUCAUCAAUUCAAUCAAUUGGUCAAGAGACCACAAGUUUGGAAAGGAUAG